GGGACUCCUCCGGGUUGCCCAUUUCAUUCCCUCUGGCUGCGGCACACACAGACCACCACCACCACCACCACGCCGCUCUCUCCCGCCCAGCCGCUCGGACUUUUCCUUCUCGCGCGGGGAGAGUGUUCUUGCAGGCGCUCCACGCUGGCUCGAGCAGAGGCUGCCCGACCCACCCUAUGUCCCAGGGGCGGGAGGCGUCGUGGAGCAGGCGGCGCUCGGCGCUCCCUCUCGUGCUGGUCUUGCUGGUGGGGCAGCGAUGCGCCACCGACUACUGCAGCUGGAAGGGCAGUGGCUUGAGCUGGGAGCCUCACUCCCGUGCUGUGGAGCAGGUCCACCUCCGCUGUACUGAGGGCUUCUUGGAGUGGAUGUACCCAGCACGGGCCCUCCGGGUCAUCUUGGAGCCCAACCUGUCGAGCGCCCGACACACCACUGUCUGCAUCAAGCCAUCCAGCAACUUCCAAGGGGCCAACAUCUACGUGGAGCAUGAUGGGCAGCUGCACCUGCUGUUGAGUGAAGUGGAGGAAUCCCGCCUGAACCAUGUGUCCUGCUUCAGCACCCACACACCUCAGCGGGUGGCCCUCUUCCUCCAAGCCAGUCCUCAGAGGGACAUCAGCCGCAGGACAGCCAGUUUCCAGUAUGAGUUGCUUAGCAACCAGAGCACCACAGGCCUGGACUACCAGAAAAUGGCCCUCGUAGAAGCCAUGUGCCGCCCUUGUGACAACAUGGAACUUCUCAUGGCUAUCUGCAGCAGUGACUUUGUGGUGAGAGGAUUGAUCCAAAACGUCACUCAUGACGUGAAGAAUCACAUGUCCCAGGUUGAAGUUGGUGUGCGGCGAGUCUACAGGCAGAAAAACCAGAUCUUUCAGCAAGAUAAAGCCAAUGGGGAGUGGCAUGGGCCCAUCAAAACCCUGCUGCAGUGUAAGGUGAAGAAAGGGGCUGGGGAUUUCCUCUUCACAGGCAAUGAACACUUUGGUGAAGCUUGGUUGGGCUGCGCCCCACGAUUUAAAGACUUCAGUGCUGUCUAUCAAACAGCCAGAGAAAGAGGAGCAAAUCCUUGUGAGUUUCAAUUUGACUGAUGAAUCAGUGCGUGAUGAUCAGGAGGAGAACUGAUUUCAGGAAAGUUCUAUGUAUAGAGGAGGAGAUUUUGAGUUAGGUGGAAUGUUAAAGACAUGUGUUUGCUUUAGAGAAGAGAGCCAGUGUACUCCAGGGAAUAGGGGCAAGCUUGUCCCAGAAAGACUCUGCUUCAAGUCUCUCCUCUAUCAUGGACUUGGCGUGGGGUUAUCGGCAAGUUAUAUUCUCACUACUCCAGUCUGUAAAAUGGGAAUAAUAGUAACUUACCUUACAAGGUUGUGGAGGACAAAUAAUAAAGAAUGUGAAGUAGUUUGCAAAUGAAA